UAUAUAUAGCUGACACAAACACACACGCGUGCGUGCGCAAGGGCAGCUAUAUAUACAGCUUGCUCGAUUACAAGUAUAUCGAUCUUGACGUGAAGAAUUAUGAAAAUGAAAAUUUUCAUGUGCUUGAAACUAUUUCCUUUAUUGUUUGUCUUGUUUAGUUCAUCGUUUUCUGGUGCACUUAUAAAAGUACCGGAAAACGCUACGAUCCCAGCUGUUAUGUUUUUCGGAGAUUCGGUAGUCGAUACCGGGAAUAAUAACUACAUUACAACAUUAGUUAGAGCUAAUUUCCUCCCCUAUGGCAAGGAUUUCAUUGCAGGACAACCCACUGGAAGAUUUUCCAAUGGAAAAGUUCCACCAGAUCUUUUUGUUGAAGAGCUAGGAAUAAAGCCUUGUUUGCCUCCUUAUCUCGACCCAUCUCUCGUAGAUGAAGAUUUACUAACCGGGGUCAAUUUCGCGUCUGGAGGUUCAGGAUACGACCCGUUAACAUCUAAUACCAUGUCGGUGUUUUCUUUAUCGGACCAGUUAGAGAUGUUCGAAGAGUACAUAAUAAAGUUGAAGAAGAUUGCUGGAGAUGAAAAAUCAUCCUACAUUUUGAGGGAAAGUCUAUUUGUGGUGGUUUCCGGCAGCAACGACAUUUGGAACUCGUUUUUUAAUAAUCUAAGACAAUUUCAGUACGACGUUCCUUCGUACACGGACCUACUAGUAAGCCACGUUUCUUCCUUUGCGCAGGAGUUGUACCGUUUGGGCGCACGUAGGAUUGGCGUAUUUAGUAUGCCGGCAAUUGGAUGUAUGCCAUCACAAAUAACUAUCAGGAGAAUUGGACUCGAAAGAAAAUGUGUGACCGAAUAUAACGAAAUUGCGCAAUUAUUCAACAAAAAACUAUUAUCUGCAUUAACCUCUCUCAACGCACAAUUCCCUCAAGCGAAAAUGGUCUACCUGGAUUUUUACGAUCUUCCUCUUGAUAUGAUAAGCAACCCGCAAAAAUUCGGAUUCAAGAUUGUAGAUAAGGGAUGCUGUGGAACGGGGACAUUUGAGACAUCGUUGCUUUGUACGUAUGCGUGUUCGAAUGAAGACGAUUAUAUAUUUUGGGACAGUUUUCAUCCGACGGAAAAAGCAUACAGGAUUCUCAUACAUCAAAUGCUCCAAGAAAACAUUAAUUACUUCAUCUGUGGAAAAUCACUCUGCAGCUGAUUUACAUUACAAGAUCAACUGCAAAAAUCUCGCCCUAUAUAUAAAUUAUUUCUUUGUCACAAGAAAAAUUUGACCCUCCUCAUUCACGCAUACUUACUUGCAUAUGUGUGAGUUGUGACUAUAUCUAUCCAAUUUGUUAUGAAAUUUUAGGUCUCGUUUGGUUGU